AUGAGAAUUCGCAAGUCUUCUGUCCUCGCGUUUUUCCUCGUUCUUUGCUUUAUCUGCUACUCUUUCUGGGCCUUUUCGAGGGCAAAAGAAGAGACGGAAAAGGGACUACGGGAGAUUCCACCAAUUGAAGACGAAAUCUCCCUCCUAAACUCAAAGAUCAAGCAGUUAGAGGACGAAGCAAGAGGCAAUGUCAAGAUCCUCUCGUCUAUCAAAGAGAAGCUCGACGUCUUGAUAAACGUCGAAAAGACCAACAAUGGCGACGAUGCCGUUUUGUCCGAAAUUCAAUCGCAGCUGAAAAGCCCGUUCGAGAAAAUCCUCGCUCCAAAAAGCGACAAUGGUCAAUGCGCAGCUACUGUUCCUUACAGAGGCUCCGGCUCAACCUAUCACGUGGACAAGUUCUAUGAAGAAUGGGACUUUGUUGACCGCGAUGGGGGCGUUUGGAAACAAGGCUGGGAGAUAAAAUCGACCGAUGCAGAAUGGAUGGACACCAAGCUGCAGAUUAUUCUGAUGCCACACUCGCACAACGAUCCUGGCUGGGUAAAGACAUUGGAUACCUACUACACGGGACAGACCAGAACGAUUUUGAAGGUGAUUGUCGACGCCUUGUCCAAAAACCCGCUCAGAAAGUUUAUUUGGGCGGAAACGGUCUUCUUGAAUAUGUGGUUUGAUGACCCGAGUGUUAGUCAAGAUUACAAGUCGCGUUUUACCACACUUCUCAAAAGCGGUCAAAUUGAAAUCGUAACGGGCGGCUGGGUGAUGACGGAAGAAGCGCCUAGCCACUACUUCGCAAUGUCGGAUCAACUGAUCGAGGGACAUCAGUGGCUCAAGAAGCAUUUCGACUAUCAUCCCAAAAACGGCUACAAUUGUGAUACCUUCGGAGCUUCUCCAACAACAGCUUAUCUGAACCAUCUCGCUGGGAUCGACCACAUGCUCAUUCAGCGCACUCAUUACGUCGUAAAGAAGCAUUUUGCGGAGCAAAACAUUCUCGAAUUCAACUGGCGACAAUCAUUCGAUAAUACUGGUUCGGACGAAACUUUCACGCAUAUGAUGCCUUUCUACUCCUACGAUGUGCCGCACACCUGCGGACCAGAUCCAAGUGUUUGCUGCCAGUUCGACUUCAGAAGACUUCGCAAAGUAUCGCCGCCAGUCACUUGUCCAUGGCGAAAAGAACCCGUGGAAAUUACAAAAACAAACGUUGCUGAGCGAGCAAGAGUUCUUCUUGAUCAAUAUCGUAAGAAAUCCAAACUCUAUGCGAAAGGAACCAAGGAAAACACCCGCGUUGUGCUCACUCUUCUCGGCGACGAUUUCCGAUAUGAUUCUGAUGCUGAAGCAGAAGCGCAAUUUACAAAUUACGAGAAGCUCUUUGAGUUUAUCAGCAAUACUCCGACAUUGAAUGCUGAGGCCAAGUUCGGAACAUUAAAAGAUUACUUUGCUCUGGUCGAUAAAGCUCGCCCGAUUGCGGAAAAUCCAUCUAUCUCGGGAGACUUUUUCUCAUACGCAGAUCGAACUACUAAUUAUUGGACAGGAUUCUUCAACUCGAGGCCGUUUUUAAAAUGGUUUGAUCGACGACUAGAGCAUUUGAUGCAAGCAUCGGAUACAAUGCUCUCUAUUGGUCUUAUCAGCGGCAAGAUUGCUUCAAAUGUAGCUGAUGAAAUUUACAAGAAAAUUCGGGCGGGAAGACGUGAGGUCGAUUUGUUCCAGCAUCACGAUGCUAUCACUGGAACAGAGAAGGACUUUGUCCAUCGGGAUUAUGCUGAUCACCUUCUUUCGGGAUACAAAAACUUAAAGGAAGCAUACUCGAAAACUCUUUCGGCUAUUUCAGAAGAAAACGUCGUGGCUUAUUAUUUGGAAGAAGACUUGAGCGAGAGAGGGAAGCUUCCAGUCGCUAAGACGGUUGAAAUCGGCGAAGGGUGUGCUUACUUGGAUGUAUUCAACUCUUUAUUGCACAAAACAGAAGAUCUUGUUAGAGUGAAAGUUAACUCCAAUCAAAUUUCGGCAAGGUACAUGGACGGAAGCAAGCCACUUGCUCAACUGAAUCCAUGGUGGGACGUUGUGAAGAACGACCACUUUGAAGGUAGAAUUUCUGACAGCAACUCUUUCGAGCUCCUUCUCAUGGUCAAUGUCGAUGGCUUGUCGACGAGACGAGUAAAGCUUUGUCCAAGCUCAAGUCAAGAGGUUCCUCUUGCGAAAAUAAGUCUUGGAGGAUCCGCAGACGGAAGCAACAUCGAAUCUAAGUUUUCAACGAGCAGAGUUAGCGGAGAUCCUCAACUGGUCUCGCCAAAUGUUAAAGUAAUUCUCAACGGUAAAAAUGGACUUCUCAAGGAGAUCAGUAUCGAUGGAAGAUUGCACUCGACACAAUUGCAAUUUGCCAAAUAUGGCUGCAGAGGAAGAGGAAACUCGCAGGAUAAUUCUGGAUCGUAUUUAUUUGCACCGGACAAGCUUUCUGUCCCUGUUUUUGGUCAGCAAGAUCAAGGCGGAUACCGAAUCAUUUCCGGUCCUGUAAUCGACGAAGUACAAGUCGGCGCUGAGCGAAUUAUGCAUCGACUUUCUGUUGUCAAAUGUGGCGUUAGUUCUGGCGCUGUUUUGAUUGAUACCUUCGUUGAUGUGAGAGGCGAGACCAAUUACGAAAUGGUUAUGCAGGUCCGUUCGGAUGUUCAAAAUCACAGAACGCUGUUUACUGAUUUGAAUGGUCUGACGAUAACAAAGAAGGUUUAUUACGAUAAACUGACGAUUCAGGGAAAUGUUUAUCCUAUUGUCUCUUCUGCUUACAUUCAAGAUAAUCAAAAACGAUUGACCAUCCUUACUCAACAAUCUUCUGGUGUUACCUCCCAGAGGGAUGGUGAAAUAGAGAUAUGGCUCGACAGGACUCUCGCUCAAGAUGAUUCCAGAGGAAUGGGCCAGCCAGUCAAAGACAACUCAAUUACAAAAGGUUCUUUCAAACUUCUUCUUGAAUCAACAUCACCUUCUACAUCUGCUGAUUCGAUUUAUCUGUCGCCGUAUGCGAACAGACUAUCAGAAUACACGCAUUCUCCCUUCCUUGCCUCGAUUCUGACUGGUUCAGUUACGAAGGAUUCAUCUUUUACUGGGUUGAAAGCCUCAGCACCACUGCCUCACGAUGCCAAACUUGUCAACUUGAGACCCACCAAGGUGAAUGGUUCCCCAAAUAUUUCAGUGGCCCUUAUUCUACGUCGCUAUGGAUCGGACUGCUCCCUUUCGCAAAUACUUCCUCUUGAAGACUCCUCUUGGCCCAUUUCCCUCGACGUUUUUUCAAAUGCAAAAGCAUCAGAAACGAGCUUGACGCUCCUCGAUACAAGGAAGGAAAAUGUGAAGGAGGUCGAUUUAGAGCCAAUGAAGAUCAAAGUUUUCCAUUUCAAUGCCUAA